AUGACCGUGGAGAAUGUGAAUGGGGAUGUCAAUACUACAUCACGUAACUCCUUCUCUGAAGCUAUUGCCACGUGGUAUGGGGCCCCCACCGGAGCGGGAAGCGAUGGGGGAGCUUGUGGUUUUGUACGUGACAUAGAAAGCCAUCCUUACCACGGUUUCGUUUCUGCUGGAAAUAACAAGUUAUAUAAGUCAGGAGCCGGUUGUGGGACUUGUUAUGAGGUGAAAUGCAGAUAUAACAAAGCUUGUUCACAACGUGCAAUUAAAGUAACAAUUACAGAUGAAUGUCCCGGUUCAUGUAACGAUGAUGGCAUUCACUUCGACUUAAGUGGAAAAGCCUUUGGAGCUUUGGCAUAUUCUGGCCAAGAAGACAACUUGAGAAAUGCAGGCAAGAUCAUGGUUAAAUAUAGGAGGGUAAAAUGCAAUUAUAAAUCAAAUAUAAAAUUUAGAAUCGACUCCGGAUCAAAUCCUUUCUAUCUAGCCUUUGUGGUGGGGAAUUUGAAUGGAUAUGGUGAUGUUGCCCAUGUUGAGUUGAAACCUUCAAACUCGGAUUGGGUGCCAAUGCAAAGAUCUUGGGGAGUUACAUGGAAAGCUGAUUUGAAGGAUUCACAAAAAGGUCCUUUCUCAAUAAGGAUUAAUGGAUCAAUAAACACGGCUUCAAUUAUAGCAUAUAAUGUCAUUCCUUAUAAUUGGAAAGCUGGACAAUAUUAUUAUUCCAGUGUUAAUUUUUGA